AUGCCCCUCAAAAGAAACGCUGCCAGCACCGCAAAAGCGGCCCCUGCCGCCAAAAAGUCGCGUCCCUCUAACGAAGCCGAACCUGCAGCAGCAGUUGCAACGGUAGAAACCUCCGAGGCACAGCAACCCGCUGCCGCUACCACCACCAAGCCUGCACCUAAGAAGAAGGCCGUCCCAAGCCGAUGGAACAUCACGUCCGUCUCGGCCAAUAUCGCCGCUCAAUACCAGACCUUCCUCACGGAUGGAAAGCAAGACCCCUUUGUCUUUGCGCUCAUGUGCGAUCCUCCAUUCCCUAGCGGCGACAGCGAUGAUGAGGAGGAAGAUGAAGAAGAGACCAGCAAUAACAGCAAGAAUAAAGAUCAUGGGGACAGACCGAAGUGCGAUGAUGGGAAGAAGUGCUACUGCAUGCAGCUGUACGAUGACCAUCCUGAGCAUCCUUAUGUCUUUACCAGAGCAGCCAAGUCGAUGUUUGUGGACUUGUCCUCCCACUGUGAGGUCAGAGAUCCGGACAAUUUUGAGAUGUAUACCUUUAAUGAUCAUUCGGCGUAUGGCGCGUUGGAGAUCCUCUAG